AUACAAAUUUGUACUCUUCGCAUGUGAUUGAGAAACAAAGGAAAUGGGUAAUUUUUUUAUAUAAUUUGACAAACCAUGUUGCAAAAUAUUUUAAUUUAAGUUUUAGAAUUGUAUUUGCAUUUGUUUAAAAUCUAAUUAAAAAAUAUUUUCUUUAACGUAUACAAUUUAAAUUCGAUUAUAAAAAAAACACACACAUACACACACUUUGUGAGGUAUGAAUGGUGCUUCCCCCGCAAAACACAAUGGCUAAUAAUUUUAACAUUACAUUUUCACUUGAUUAGUUUAUAAAAAUAUAAAUUAAGGGUUAUUUUUGUUGUAUAAAUAAAUGCCUUGAUUUUAUUUUAAAGAUGAUCAUCUGGAAACAGCAGAUUCUGUCAAUUGUAUUGAGUCAAAAGGUAUUUAUACAAUGCUACUACGCUCUUUCUUUAGUUGGAAUAUGAUUCUUUAUGGUAUACAUGUAUGUAGGCGUGGACUUUGUUUAUUGUACGCAUCAUGUAUGUAUGAUUGUUCGGAUCAUGGUUCUCUCCACAUAUAUGUGUGUGGUUCGGGACUAUGGUUGUUUGUGGUAUGUUAUAAUAUGUAUAUCGUUGAGGGAAUUCGGUUUUCUUCGGUAUAGUAGUAUACGUGAGGUGCUUUGGUUCUUUACGGUUAUAUUGCAUUCCUGGGCAUUUCGGUUAUAUAGUGUUAUGCUGCCAAUAAUCUGCACCGUGCAUUUAAAGAUUAUGUGAAUCAUUUCAUUCUGUUCACACACACAUUUCAGGUUGUGGUGAACAAGAAAAUAUCAAUAUUUUAGAAAAGGAUGAAGGUACAGAAAGAUUUUAAAAAAUAAACUAAAUACAAUGUAAAUACAAUUUAACUAGAGAUUCUUGUUAAGCUUUUGGUUUUGGCUUCAAUUUCGGCUGGAAGUCAUUUUUAAAUUUCGGCUCAAUUUCAGCUUCGGUCGAAAUCAGAAAAUCACUUUCGGUCGGUCUCUACUUUUGGUUUUUGUUCUCAGGUUUUGAGCUGCUCACAGAUUUCACCAGGGUUAAUUUUCUCGAACUUGCAAUAAUACUAAAUAAUGAGACAGCAACAGCUGAUGAAUUGUCUUACAUAUAACUUGAACUAUCACAGUCUUAGGCGUGUCUACAUGGCAGAAUUACACAUGAUAAAAAAACAACAUGGGUUUUCUGUUCCCGCAAUAAGAAUUAUUAUUAUUUUUUUUUAUUGUUUCGUUGGACCAAUGAAGUGUGCUUCAUGUUACCUUCGAUGUGUUAUAUUUCCCUGAGAGGAAGCAUUGCAUUUUCAUUUGCGUUAAUUCUGUAUAGUCCUUGGAAGGAUCAGGCCUGCAUUCCCUCAUAUUCCUUGUAGACUGAUCCAUGACCUUUCGUCUUCCUGCCAGUACUCCAAACAGAUCAAAAUCUGAUUCUACAUCAUCAUCCACAUCGAAGGCUAGAUCUGCCGAUGAGCUGUCUGUCCCAUUUAUUCUGUAUCUAUAUUCUUACCUUCUAAUUCUCUCUAACGUGAAACACGCACAAGGUGUCCUUUUUUUGUAACGGUCUAUCUUUUUUUCGAUUGCAGAUACACUUUUUUGGGUCUCUGAAAGAAUUUUAUUGUUGAUGAUAAGUCAUGAUGUUCGAAUAAUUAUUGUCCGAUUAGGUUUAUAAAUAUUUUGAAGAUAUUCUUAAUCAUAUGCUUGGCUUUGUCAAUAACGGAGACAACAAAUACUUCAAACGAAAAAAUGUUGAAAAACUGUUUGACCUGACUUAAAGUUUACGGCAGUGUCUUUUAAAAACUUUCUAACUGUGGGACAUGGACUUGGAAGGAAAAUAUGGAUAUUUUUUUUUCAAUAAAGACGCAUAGACAAAAUUGGCUGUUAUAAUCAAACAUAAAUAUCUUGUGUUGAAAACUAUUUUCAUGAAUUCAGUAAGUUAAUAUUCAUAUUAUCAUAAUUAUUCUAAAGGAAUGCGUUUGGCUAGCAGUUUUUAAACAUGAAUUUAUCCCUAGUGCCAACAACUGUGCAUACCUAUAAUGGGGAUCAUUUUUAUAAUACAGUCUCCUUAGCGUUAGUUCGGAAGAUGUUCAAUAAGUUCGUGUUAUAUACUUCAAAUAUAAUUUAGAUUUAUGUUCACUACAGAUAGUAGAAAGAAUGUAGAGUCAGAAGGUAUGGAAAUAGGUAAGUGUAAUAAAAUAAUUUGUUAUUUUUUAUGUCAUUGCAAUUUAAUGCUUUAAUAAUUAUUUAAGUUAUAUAUAUAUAUAUAUAUAUAUAUAUAUUAUAUACAUAUAUGUAUUAUAUUGCAUUAUUUUCAUUAAGGUAUAUUAUUUGAAUUUGUAAUCAAAAUAUUGCUUUCUUUUUUUUUUUAAAUGAAUACUAAAUUAAACAAAAAAAUUAUACUAAAUUAAAGAAAAAAAUGCAUGAAAAUAAAAAAUUCAUAAAAAUUAAAUAAAUUGUCAGUAUGAUACAGAGUUAUUUAAAUACAAGUUAAAAUAAUCAUAUAAAGUUUUCUAUCUUUCAUUGAAGGCACUUCAGUUAAAAGAAAAUAUCGAGAUUUAACAGAUACAGGUAAUAAUGAUAUUUCCGUGUGAAGUACUUUUACUUAAUUCUUAAUAUUAUUUCUAGUUUUUUAAUCUGAAUUUAUAUUUAGUUAAAUUACCAGCGAUGCAGUUUAUUAUAUAAGAAAUACUAUUGCUUGAUUAAAGAAGCACUUUCAGAAUACAUUAUUAUUACGCCUGCGCAGGGAAAAAUUAACACACUAAAAAAAAGCCCUGUUCAUAAAAUACAUUUAAUGUUAUGCUUCUUUCAUUUUCAGAAAAAGUUUACGAUGACGAUGAAAUCAAACGAAAAAUUCGAAAAGGUAAAUACAAUUUUGGAAGUUUGAAAGAAAAAGAAGAAAUAAAACGCUCGUUUAAAGCAUUGAGUGAUGACCGAAACAAAAUAUUUGUCUUUCACACAUGAUGUUAUGUUAACAUUUCAAAAUACUAUUAACUUUUAACAAUUUUGAAUAAAUAUUUUAAUCUAAUAGUUUCUGCAAUUUGCUAUAAUAUUUAUAAUUGUUAAAAUAUAUUUUUUUAAAUAAAUCUCUUUAUUUUCAUUUAAGAACAUUAAUUAGCAUAAAUUGAUUAAAUGGUUAACUGUUUAAAGAUGUCUGUGUCAUAGAAAUGUAGCUGCAAGAUUUUGGUUACCGGAAAUUUGUUUGAAAGUAAUUUUCGAAAACGAAAAAUUUUAAUAUAAUAACGAAUGAGCGUGUUUUUGGUCGAAAGUUGUAUUUAACUGUGAAAACAUUAAUGUUAAAAUUAUUAAUUUGGAAACGAUAUUGUACUUGUGAUUUCUCAAUCAAACGAUGCUAUUAAGUAUAUAAUUUUAAAAAUGACAUUGAUUAAAUUCAAAAGCAUUGGAUCUGAGUAAGACUUUUGUUUUUUAAUUAACAUUUUAAAAUGAUACUUUUAAUUAAUAAAUUCGUAACACGUUUUCUCUGUUUGAAGUUAAACGAGUUUGAGUGUGUUAUUAAUGCAAAUAAAUAUUAAAAUUUAAAUAGAAGCUUAUGAUUUAUGCUUCACCAGUAUCAGGGGAAAGCUCUUCAUUUACAGGAAACAAUCCAAACGUUUCAUCAUCAGAGCAUGAGGACAACUAUACAGUAUCAGAAAGCUGUCAAGGAAUUUUAACUCCACAACCAGUAGAAAACUCUAUGGUACCAGCCUGCAGUCAAGAAAUAUUAACAAAAGAACUGGAAGAAAACUCUACAAUGCCAGCAUGCAGUCAAGAAAUAUUAACGAAAGAACUGGAAGAAAACUCUACAAUGACAGCAUGCAGUCAACAAAUAUUAACAAAAGAACUGGAAGAAAACUCUACAGUGCCAGCAUGCAGUCAAGAAAUAUCAACAAAAGAACAGGAAGAAAACUCUACAAUGCAAGCGUGCAGUCAAGAAAUAUUAACAAAAGAACUGGAAGAAAACUCUACAAUGUCAGUACGCAGUCAAGAAAUAUUUACAAAAGAACAGGAAGAAAACUCUACAAUGCCAGCGUUCAGUCAAGAAAUAUUAACAAUAGAAUCGGAAGAAAACUAUAUGAUACUAGCAUGCAGUCAAGAAAUAUUUACAAAAGAACCGGAAGCAAACCUUACAGUGCCCGCAUGCAGUCAAGAAAUAUUAACACCAGAACCGGAAGAAAUCUCCACAGUAGCAACAAGCGGUCAAUAUAAAUUAACUGUAGAACAGAAAGAAAACUCUACAGUGCCAACAUGCAGUCAAGAAUCACCAACAAAAGAAGGCAUAGACAGCAAAGUAAGAACUUUUUGUAAAUAAGUGUUUUAUAUAUAUUUUUUUUUUAUAGAAUGAAAAAUAUAUUUUAAUGUAUUUGAAGUUGCAGAUAAUAAAAAUUUGAUCGCAUUUCGAAAACCUUCAAAAUUAUUAUUUAUUUAUUUAUUCUAGACUCAACAAGAUUGUCACGACAUUUCCAUAGAAUUUUUCUCAGAAGAAGACCUACUACAACGUUUCUUAGUGGAAGUGAAGCGAACCUGGAAGGUGGUGAACACACUGUCAGGUUUCAAGUUUGGUAUCAUUCCACCAAUGUGUCUAUCCCAGGUUGAAAAAGUCGGACAUUGGAUCAAACUUAGUAGGAAAGUCAUCCCAUUUGUCUAUGUGACGUCAGAAGGUGUCAAGAUUAAUGGGGGAAAAGAUGUUCAAGACAACCCAGAGGACAUCGAUACCAAAGCCUCUACAGCUGCAUUAUUGAUCACAGAAUAUAUCAACAGAGUGAUAGAAAAUUUGGAACUGGAAGCACACGAUGUAAGUUUGAUUAAUGUGCACAUUAUUUGCUCAAGUGGACACAGUCCUCUGAUUUAACUAAUUUGUUUAUGUUUUCUUUCUUUUUUAAUCAAGAAUAAGUUUUAUCAUCUAUAAAAUAACCUGUUAUGAUAUUUGAAAAUUUAUCGCAAGAGACUUCUAUUAAAUAUUUGACUUCAAACAACAUUAAGCCCUAUUAAAGCAACACAUUUUUUUUUCUGUUUCAGGAAAUGGUAACAUUUAAGGACAUGUUGAAAGAGUUGCUCGCCCUGCUACAGCCUUUAUUUAAUGAUAUUGAUUCUAGUGUGUUAUCUAAUACUACACAAAAUUUUAGCCUGACGAUGUCGAAGGUCAAAGACCUUAAAUUUAAAGUUGAUCAAAUUUCUGGUAUUGAUGGAAUCGGUCGAUGCACGUCAAUAAAAAGCACCCUGACAGUGACAGAAAGUCAUUUAUUGUGCAGAAUCUUAGGCUUGAAUGAUGAGUUCACCCAGAAGAUGAUUGAUAUCGAGGACGAAAGAGCCCUCCUUAAAUCACCAAUCUGUAUGAUCGAAAAAUUUAUUGAAGCUGAGAUGAAGAAAUUAAACAUGAACCGUAGAUAUUAUGCAAGAGGAAAUAUAACUUCGGAUCUGUUACUGCUGGGCCUCUCACAAGAAAAGACACAGGAAAUAAUGAAGAAAAUCAAGAACCAAAAUGGGAAGACGCGCUCGCGCUCUGCAAUUUACUGGGUUAAAGAAUAUCUGGACAGUCUGUUCUCAACUCACCCACUUCUGACACCUUUGCCAUUACUAGAUAGGUACGCGGAUGAACCAAUAAAUGAAUGGUUCAAUGCCGAAGCUUACCAACGUGCCGAAGACGAUGGGAACUCAAUAAAACUAAAUUUUCAAAUGAUUAAAGUUGAUUUUGGGAGCACAGAAUUAACAUCUGAUAUAAUAAAGGAUAUUUUUAAGCAGUCCAAUUCCAAACUACUCUUUCAUGGAACUAAAGAAGCAGAUUCCUUAGACAGCAUUUUGAGGGAAGGGAUACGAUUAGAUCUGGGAAGAAUGAGGCAAGAUUUUUCUAACGGAAGUGGCUUUUAUUUGUCUGAUGACUUUAAAGCUGCCAAAGAUUGGGUCGAGAAAAGGGGCGAUCAUAAUAGCGCUGUCAUCAUAUAUCGAAUUCCAAAAACCCAUCUUGUGAUCGGUGAUAAUGCAGGUCUAGAUUUAAACGAAGGUGGGUGGUCACGUGUGGUGAAAUACCACAGAUCUGAUUAUUAUCUAGAAGAAGAUGUACCCGAUACAUUUGAUCUGGAAAGUCGAUCAUUUAUUAAAGGUUCUGUCUGCCUAAAUGGAAAUAAGGUAAGGAGAAAAAAUAAUGUAUCGCUAUAUCCUCUAAGAAUAAAUGAAAGGAGAGUGCAACAAUAUUGUAUCCGAAGUGAAAGUUUUGCGCUUGAAUGUAGUUCCCUUGUUGUGGGAGUAGUGAUUCACCAUGUGUCAGACACAAAUUAAUUGUCCGCUAUUAUCGAGAAUUCUUUAUAAGCUAAUAUUCUCUAAAGUUCAUCAGAUUUGACUGUCCCCCAUUAUUUUAAAUCAUUCUUUAGUAUACUUUAAACUCAACUAAAAAUUAAUUAUUUUCUAAAUAUAUUUUUAUUUUCCACUUUACUGAGACACAUUCUAAUUUGGAUCUGAUUAUAACUAUAUUAGACACUUUGGUGAGUUUCAACCUCAAAUCUCCAUCAAUUUCUUUCCUAUUUCUGGGCCACGAAUUUCAGCAAUUAUUGUCUUUAUAUAAAUCCGUUAUUUUCCACAAGACUGUUUAUUCCUAAACUUUACAUAUUGAUCUUUAAUUUUAAAUAAAACUUAGUCCGUAAAAAUGGUGCUGUUUAAAAUGGCACAUUACGGAUUGAUUAAAACUGUUAAAAUUAUGAUCGUUUCGUCUUUUUAGAAAUAAAUCCUUAGUGAGAGUUUUAUUUCAAUACGUGUAUAACAUCUCUGCACUUUUCAAGGGCGUUCUUUAAGACGACACAGUUUUAAUAUGUAUUCCGACUAUAAAAGUUUAUGGAUAUUUUAUUUUAGCCAGGGUUAAAAAAAUACCCUCAAAACAAAUUAGAUAGUUUUAUCUAAUUCAUUUAUUUAUGAUACAAAUUUAUGAAGAAAAAAAAUAAUGUUAAAAAAUUAUCACUGAAACAUCAAAGAUUGUAAACAGUUUGUAUAUUUAUUUUUGUUUUUUUGUCGUUGUUUGUUUAUUUUUUUAAAAAGUAUGAUGAAUAUGAUUUUAAUGGAUGAAACUUAAUUGACAAUGCAGAGGAUGUGCUCUCUAUUGUCCAAGUUUUUCAAUGGACCCAAAGUUAGCUGAAGCAAUGUGCAUAUAUACGAACCUGCGAUGCAGGCCUCUUUAAAUUGUCACAACUAUAGUUAGAUCUUUGUACAACUGCCUCAUUUCUUGAUUGUUUUUUUUCAUUUGCUAUCGAUUAUUACCUCGUAUAUAUCCGUUUAUAUUACUCAUGAUUAAAAUUCACCCAGUAUUCAUGUUGUUUUCCAAUAAACACAUAAUUUUUAGAUUCGUUUAAUCUUUGAUUGGAAACGAAAUCUCUUAUUGAGAGCUUCGAAAACAAAAUGG